CCUAUGGGAUCCUGCAUGGGAUGUUCCAUCUCCUACAUCCUCUGUCUGAGAUGCUGCUGACCUGGUAUGUGCUGGAGACUGGAGCUGAUUCACAGCUUGAGAAAGUCUGGCACGUGUAGGUCUGUUGGACCCAGCCCUGUGGUGAUGUGAGCUGCUGUGAUGGUGCUACAGAGCAGCCUCCGGGUCUCCAAGUUACACUUUAACUACUGCAUCUGAGGCUUGUCUUUCAGUGUGUGAGAGCUGGAAGGUGGAAGAACCAGCCAGCCUGCUUGGAAUACAAAUUCCUAUCGCAGCUGUAUCCAGGGGCCCUCCAGGCAUGUGUUAAAGCAAUAACUGGAUAGUGGUUUGUUUUCUCUUUCCCCUUCUCCUCAGGCAAGAGGAUGUUGCAGAUAUGGUGCAAUAGUUCAUUUUAGGAAGAUUCAGGACAUUUACGUCUGCAGCUCUGUGGUCUGCCAGUUUGCUCCUUGCAGGAGACUUUUCUAUAGGACUGCAGUGGGGAGAAAUGUAUUAUGCACAGUACUGCCAGUCUCUGCUGGAAACAGAUGUGUUGAUGUUAGCACAGCCCUGCAUUUAUUUCUUGCUGCCUUCUCAGUCCUGAGCUCCAUAGGAAGCCUUUAGCCCUCACCGAGCUUUUUAAGAAAACAUUUUUGAGAAAACAUCAUUUUAAAAGGAACAUGAGAAACAUGUUCCUUUCAAAAGCAAGGGCUGAGGUUCUCACCUAGUUGUGUAACGUUGCAAACUGAAGCUUUAAGGAGGAGGGAGAAAAAAUAAGCAGACAUUUUGGGGUUUGUGGCAGAGUGAGGAGGCUGAUGUUGGAGACACAGACCUGUAGGAGUGGACUCCAGCUGCCGUGUGGAUCCCAGGCAGGCAGCCUCUUGUUGCAGACAGGAUGACUGUGCUGGGGCUGCUACCCUGGCUGGUAGUCAGUCACCCCUGUGUGUUUGCAGGGUACAAGCUUUCCUGCAGAUGGCUCUCUUUACAUUGCUUUUUGCAUCCUCUGGUUUCAUGUGAGAUGCCAGCCGUUCUUUAAUUUGAUCUCAGGAGACUCUUGGUCAGUAAAUGGGAGAUGUGGUUUCCACCAUGCAGGAAAAGCAAUUCACCCUGCUUUCCUCAUGUGGCAUUGGGCUGGGUGCUGUGCCCUGACAGGGCAACAGUGUCUUUCAUGCUGUCCUUUUGUUUCAGGCCAGCAAAGAUGCUGCUGUAGAUGACUGAAGCACUUGUACCUCAUGUGCUAUGGCUCUACAUGGCGUCUGCAGAACCAGACCAUGCUAAUCUGGGCCCCAAACAGCAGAAGAGCAUUAAGCUGGAGUCAGGCACCCUUUCGGCAGACAGACCUGAGCCGUGCUGGGCCUGGUGCCUUGCUCAGCAGCAGGCGAAACCCAUCUGGAAUUUAGAGGAGAGAUAUGAGAGUGCUUUCCAGGAUCGCAUCCUGCUCUCCUCAGGGAUCCCUCUGCAGCAAUCCUGCCGCAUGUGCUCACCGUCACUAUGCCAUGCACAGCCCACUGAAGACAGCCUCCAAAGCCCUCUGGACACUGGCUCUGUCACAGGAAGGGUGAUGUCUUCCGUGCUGAUGGAGCCCUGCCUGCUGGCAGAGGAGUGCUCUGGAACUGGGGUCAAAGGCUCUGCCCUCAGCUCAGGUCAGCAGGCUGCCAGCUCCUCUAGACCAGUGCUCAGUAACAACUCCUUCCUACGGCCAAGCAGUGCUAAAGUGCCUUUUCUGCAGUCACUGAAGAUGAAAACGGUGGGAAACACCCAGAGUUUUCCUGCUGUUUCAUGGUCGCACUCUGGGGACAAUAGAGACAGCUUCCCUAACAGCCUAAUGAACAGAGCAGUGAUGAACAGCAGCGCUGUGUCAGAGCAAAACACAGUCCCCUCCCUUACCCCUGUGCCAAGCAGUGCGAUCCUCAGGAAAGAGCAGUGCUCCUUGGACGAUGCUAAAGGGAGACUUCACAGCUCAAAAGAGAAGGAACCAGAGAAGAGCCUCUUGAAGGCUGUGCAGCAGCUACCUAGUCAGGCUGUCACACACAGAGGCUUUGGGUGCCAAGUUGAAAGUUCUGGUCAUAUGAAUGUGGGCAGCCUGUCCAACCAGAACAGCAGGAGGAAGCAGCAUGCUGGAGUGCAGAUCAUCCAGAAAGAAACCAUGGCUCCCCUGAACUUGGAGCAGGGGAGCCAUCGCCUUACCAGUAACUCGAGCCUUACGGGCACCUGUGAUGCCGUUGCCUGCACUAAGCAGAUCAGUGACCGUCCCUUGGCCUCGCGUGUGGGUGCUCCCGACUGCAGCACCGGCUGCCGUCCCGAGGGCAUGCUGAACCCCCUGUGUGCAGGGGACCGCCUGGAAAGAACAGAGCCUCUGCACUUUGCUGCCAUCUCUGAAGUGGCAGCACAGGUGUCCACUAUCCAACUGGAGAAAGAGGAGAAACAGGCCCAUGCUGUUGUCCCAGGAAAGCUUAAUGCUACUACUGAGAAGUCACUGAUGGAACUGAGCCAUCCCCAGGAUGAAGCAGAGGAAGAACUUCCUGAUGGCCUGGACGAGAGCUGCAGUGAGGAAGAGUAUGAGGACAGUGACUUGGAUGCUUCCUCUGAUGCCGAUGUGUCGUCCAGUGGCUCUGUGACUCCUGGAUCCAGGAGUUGCAUCGAGUGCCUGGCCCAGCCUGCUGAGGCUCAAGACAAAGUGCUCAAACCAGCUCUUGUCUGCAGUUUAUUCCCUAAUGUGCCUCCAACUAUCUACUUCAGUACUCGGGAUGAGACAGUCGAAAAGCUGCCUUGGGAGCAGAGGAAGCUGCUGCGAUGGAAAAUGUGCAGAGUCACGCCUAACAUAGUGAAGCAAACGAUUGGCAGGUCCCACUUCCGAGUUAGCAAAAAAAGCAAUGACUGGCUGGGUUGCUGGGGCCACCACAUGAAAUCCCCUGGUUUCAAAGCUAUCAGGGAGCACCAAAAGCUAAACCACUUCCCUGGUUCAUUUCAAAUUGGAAGGAAGGACCGUCUGUGGCGCAACCUGGUGAAGAUGCAGGCUCGCUGUGGGAAAAAGGAAUUUAAUUUCUUCCCUCAAUCCUUCAUCCUGCCCCAAGACAUCAGAUUACUCAGGAAAGCAUGGGAGGAAGGAGCUAGCCGACAGAAAUGGAUUGUGAAACCACCAGCAUCAGCAAGAGGCAUUGGUAUCCAGGUCAUCCACAAAUGGAGCCAGCUCCCCAAAAGGAGACCACUGCUAGUACAGAGAUACCUGCACAAACCCUACCUCAUUGGCGGGAAGAAGUUUGACCUGAGGAUCUAUGUUUACGUCACUUGCUAUGAUCCCCUCAGGGUCUACCUGUUCAACGAUGGAUUGGUUCGCUUUGCUAGCUGCAAGUAUUCCUCCUCAAUGGAGAGCCUCAGCAACAAGUUCAUGCAUUUGACCAACUACAGUGUGAACAAGAAGAACACAGAGUACAAAUCCAACUCGGAUGAGACUGCUUGUCAGGGACACAAAUGGGCACUCAAAGCUCUCUGGAAUUACCUGACUCAGAAGGGAAUUAAUAGUGAGGCCAUCUGGGAGAAGAUAAAGGACAUCGUUAUCAAAACCAUCAUUGCUUCUGAGCCCUACGUGAACAGCCUGGUGAAGAUGUACGUGCGCCGGCCGUAUUGUUGCCAUGAGCUGUUUGGGUUUGAUAUCAUGCUGGAUGAAAACCUCAAGCCCUGGAUCUUAGAAGUCAACAUUUCCCCAAGCCUCCACUCCAACUCCCCACUGGAUGUGAACAUCAAGGGCCAGAUGAUUCGGGACCUCCUCAACCUAGCUGGCUUUGUUCUCCCCAGCAUGGACAAUAUGGCAUCAAGGACACAGACAAGAAGUGGCUCUACCUGCAGUGUGGGCAGUGCUUUGAAGGAGAAGCCCAAGCCAGCAUCUGAGCAUUUGAGAGCAGAGAAGAUGAAGAAGGCCUAUUACCUGAUGCAGAAGAUACCUGACCAAGAUUUUUAUUCUUCUGUCUUGGACAUCCUGACUCCUGAUGAUGUUCGCAUCCUGGUGGAGACAGAGGAUGAGUAUUCCCGACGCGGGCAGUUUGAGCGGGUGUUCCCCAGCCACAUCUCCAUGCGGUACCUGCGCUUCUUCGAGCAGCCUCGUUACUUUAACAUUCUGGUGACCCAGUGGGAGCUCAAAUACUACUUGAAUAGACACAAAGGUCUGGAGCUACUGAAGAACUGGUGUGUCAAAGGUUACCACACUGGGGCAGGGACAGAUUUGGCCCAGAUGUGGUCAUUGCCAAAGUCGUUCUUCCUCCAGAAGAGUAGCAUUCAAUCAAAUGGCUUCAGCAAACUGGAACUGGGCAGACUGGGCACAUGCCUCCCUUCAGCUGGUGAGGAUCUCACGAGAUGCCUGGAGCCCAGCCCUACUCAGAACUUACCUCUCAACAAGUGCACUGGUGGAGCCAACCAGACACCUGCUGGCUGCCUCUCUGACACUGCCCUGGUGAUGUGACCAAGCAGCCACUGUCCCUCCCUGGGGACACAUCAACCUACCUCAAAGGAAGAGACAGGAGCUGGCUCUGUAGAUCAACGACUGUGGGAGCCCCUUGCACUACACACUUGUUUUGGGGUUGGUUAUAGAGAUGGAUAUUUUCCUGGGCAAAGAGGAGACCUGUGUGACUUCAUUUCUAAAACAAGUGGCAAAGCCUGAGGAAGUGGGGGUUAUUUGGCCUUUGUCCUGGACUGUUCUUAAAGCCUGACAUAGUGGUUUCUUUCCUGCGUGGGAGCUGACUGAGCCUGCCCUUCUUGUCCCCAGUCAUCACAGGCUGAGCCCUUGCUUGCCUGUGUCUGUGUCCUGAGUUGCUGGCAGCUGAGUCUGCUCUUGUCCUGCUGCAGCCUGGCCCUUGGAGAUAAGUCCCCAGUCCUCACGCCUGGGAGGGAAAACUGCCCAGUUUUAUCCUUUCUGAUUGUGCCAGCAUCCUGCCCGCCCCCAGCAACAGGCCCUGCAGGACACCUCAGGGUUGCACAUGGCAGUUCAGGAGAGACCACAAGUACCAGUGUGGCUCCAGUUUGUUGUGGGGGUAAUAGGGCUGCUGGGGAGGGAGCAUCCUUCUCAAGGCCAUUGGCUCUCUGGUGUGCCCUGCAGCAUGUGUGCACGGACUGCAGCUAGUGCUCUUCUUCUGGGUCUGCUAUUUUCCCUUUGUUUCUCAAGGAUUUCUAUUAAACUUUAACACUCAACUGC